UGAAAAAAAAACCUCAGAUUUCAGCAGAUUAAAUCUCCGCCGCAGAAAUGGCCGUCGAUCUGCUCGGCUACCGCAAUGCGUCUCCCGCCGGUUUGGAAUCGCUGCAGCAACUAAUCCGCGCUGCUCCGCACCAAAACCAGCCGUCGUUUUUCACGCUUCUGAGUUCGGAAAAGGCCGGUUCAGACCUGAACCGGACCGGUCACGCCCGGUUCAGGCGCGCUCUAGCUCCGGUUCAGGAUUCCGAACCACAGACGCUGAACCUAUUCGGCGAUUCCCCCGCCGCCGCGGCUGCUCCGCCGCGGAAGCCUGACCUCUCCAAGGAGGCGAUCGGCGACGACGUUCUGAGCCUGUCGACGUCGGGGAGCUCAAUCGCGUCGAUGAUCACCGGCGAAGGCAGCGUCUCCAACGGUAAGAGCGCGCUCUCCGCCCCUAAACCGCCGCUCUCCGGGAAGAGAUGCCGCGAACACGAUAAUUCCUCCGGCAAAACCACCAAUCCUUCCCGCUGCCAUUGCAAAAAGAGGAAAAAUAGGGUGAAGACGACAAUUAGGGUUCCGGCAAUCAGCUCAAAAGCCUCCGAUAUUCCGGCCGAUGAGUAUUCAUGGAGGAAAUACGGCCAGAAGCCGAUCAAGGGCUCGCCAUACCCACGGGGGUACUACAAGUGCAGCACGGUGAAGGGCUGUCCGGCGAGGAAACACGUGGAAAGAGCGAGAGACGAUCCUACGGCGGUGAUCGUCACCUACGAGUGGGAGCACCGCCACACGCCCACCGCAAAGCAGGAGAUUUCUGCUGCGGUGGAGAAUGCAAAAGUGAAUACUCAUGCAUUCACGAAAUAAUGUCACAUAUUGCUAAUUUAGAAACUUCAGCAAUCUAAAAUGGCAAUCGAGACUUUAAAUUAUGGACGGAUUUGUUAUUUCGAGGUUGUUCGAUGGGUUGAUUUAAAGAAGGAAAUAGAGUUAGCUAUAUAUUUAUAGGGGCUUUAUUGUAAAUUUGGGUAAGAUAGGGGUGAAAUAUGCAAGAGAAGAAAGUAGAAUAUUUUCUUUGUAAUUUCUAUGUUGUUGGAGGUGUUGACUAAUACCAAUACUUUGCUGGGGGGUUUAUUGUAAAUUUGGGUAGGAGUAGGGGUAGAAUCUGAAAAAGAAGAAAGUGGAAUGUUUCAACUUUGAUUUCUUAGUGGCUUGGAUUCUUGUGUUGUUUU